AUGCAAUAUGACGGAAGUACAUAUAAAGAAUAAUGGGUAGAUGGAAUCGAAAUCUCAAGGUAUGGUUAAACAUGGCCUGUAUUAGGAUAAAGAUAUUAAUUAUUGUGUUUAUUAGGUAAAGGUGGUUUUAGUGAAGUAUAUAAAGCAUUAGAUCUAGAAGAUUUUAAAGAAGUAGCCAUAAAAGUACACAAUAUAAAUUAAUCUUGGAGUGUAUCUACAAAAUAAAAUUAUCUAAAGCAUGCCUUCCGAUAAAUAAAGUUGACUGAUUUUGGGCUUUCGAAAAUAAUAAAUGAUGAUGCAACAAGAAUAGAAUUAACAAGUUAAGGAGUAGGUACUUAUUGGUAUUUACCGCCUGAAUGCUUUGAUAUUAAACAAGAAAAAGGUCCUGAUAUUUCUUCUAAGGUUGAUGUUUGGAGUGUAGGUGUAAUAUACUUUGAAAUGCUUUAUGGGUAAAAACCCUUUGAAUAUGUUUACAAAUAUAAUCCUUAUUAAAUACCUCCUGAUUGGGACAUAGCAGAAAACCAUGCGAAUUCAAAUAAAUUUGGAAAAUCUAAAUUAUUUUAAUAUAAUUAAAAUAAUAAUUAAGAUUAAAUUACAGAAUUAUGUCCCUGUUGUAAUUUUGAAAUUAAUAAAAGAUCAAUAAAAAUAUGUGAAAAUACAUCAAAAUUUACUUUUUUAGGAUCUGGGUAUCCCCUAUUUUUCAGCUAUAUCAAAUGCUGUUUAGCUCUUAUAGGUGCAAUACUAAUAACAUCAGGAUAAUAUAAUUUAAUAUCAAAUUUUUAUGGGAGAAGUUGCAAUAAAAAGCUAAAUAUGUAAAAAAGAAACAAAUGCAGAGCUGAUUGGAUUUCAAUGUUUACAAUAGUAAAUAAGAAAUUUUAAUUAAAUUUAGGAGAAAUUUAAGAUAUGUUAAAUUUUACAACAAUAAUUGUGUUAAUGAUUAUUUUAUUUUUGUUUAGGAAAUAAUAAAAAGAAAUAGAUAUUUAAUGUGAUAUUGCAGAGCUAACUCCUUCUGAUUAUUCAAUUAUAAUUAAAAAUUUACCUAUUGAUACAAAAGAAAGUGAUUUAUUUAGUUAUUUUUAAAGUAUGAAUAUUAAUAAUCAAUAUGUUUAUGUUAGUGAAGUUAACAUGAUAUAUAAUAUUUAAGAUAUUUUAAAAUAAAGAGAUUAAAUUUAAGAUUUGAUAAAAGAAAAAUAGAAACAUAUAAAAUAUAUAAUAUAAAAUCCAGAUUUAAAUUUAAACUUAUAGUAAAAUACAUUAUAUUUAAAAUUUUUAUUAUUAUAAAUAACAAAUAAAUAUAAAAGAUAUGAAGCAUAAUAAUGGGAUUAUAAAUUAUAAAUAGAAGAGUCAAAACUACGUUAAAUAAAAUAACAAACAAGAUACAAUAAAAAUUUAUUCUCAGGAAAUGCAAUCAUUGCUUUUUAAACCGAACAGCAAAAAAAUUUAGUAUUAAGUAAAGCGAAAAAAUCAUGGAUAAAAUAAAUAAUUGAAGCGGUUUUAUUUUAAUAAAAUGAAUAAAAAGAAUUAAUAUAUAAAAAUGAUUAAAUCAUAUAUGUUGAAUAAGCACCAGAGCCGUUAGAUAUUAUAUGGGAGAAUUUCAUUUACAGUGAAGUUAACAAAAUAAUAAUAUAUUUUUAUAGUUUUUUGAUUACAUCAAUGCUUUUUGUUAUUUGUUCUUAUUUAAUCUACAUUUUAACUAAAUAUGAAAUAGACUCAGUCUAAAGUAAUAAUGAUACACAUAAAGAAGAAAUUGAAAAAUCUUAAUAUGAAGACACUUCAUAGUAAAUAAUAAAUUUAAUUAUAUAGUAAUUACCUACGAUUGCUGUUUCAUUUGUUUUGGUUAUUAUAAAUUCUAUUUUAAUAGAAUAGGCUUUAAGAAUUAUUGUAAACUUUGAAAAAUAUAGAACUAUUACAUUAUAUAAUGUUAAUCUAGCUCAAAAACUUUCGCUUUUUCUUUUUAUUAAUAGUGCUUUAGUAACAUGGUAUAUAAAUGCAUAUUACACAGAAAACUUAUUUGGUGAAGGAGGUUUAAUUUAUACAAUUUUUUAUUUUUUUGUUUUAAAUUCAGCAUCUUCUUUUGCUUCAAAUUUUAUAACUCCUUUAGAUUUUUUAAAGAAAUUUAUGAUUUUUUUAUAUAAAAAAUAAGGAUAGAAAUGUCUUUUAACUUAAUAAUAAGCAAAUAAAUUACAUGAAUUGCCUUCAUAUGAAAUAGAAAUAGGAUAUGUAGAUGUUUUAAAAACUAUGUAUAUGACUGCUUUUUAUUGUCCUUUAAUUCCUUUAGGAUUAAUUUUUUCAUUUAUUGGUAUUUUUAUUUAUUAUUGGACACAUAAAUUUGCAUUCUUAAAUUUUAAAACUGUAAAUAAAUAAAUGAGUUCGAAACUUUCAGUUGAAAUGACUGAAUAUUUAGAAUAUACGAUUUUUAUAUUUGCAGUUUCUAAUAGUUUGUUUACUUAUUACACGUAUAAUUAAAUAUCUUAUUUAUAAAUUUCAGGAGCGGUAUUAGCUAUUUUAUAUUCAAUCCUACCAAUUUAACUUAUUGUCGAAAAUAUAUUCUUUUAUGAUGAAGUUGAUGAAUAGAUUAAUUAUGAAUAAGCGUAGUCUAAAUUUAUUGCCACUUAUAAAUAAUGUAAUCCUGUAACAUCAGAUACAAUUUAUGAUUUAAAGAUUAAAAAUGAUUUAAUUAUUGUUUUGUGA